AUGCCGACGUCCAGUACCCGUCGCAAUGCCAACCGUGCUCGGUGCCAGUUCGCUGGUUGUGACAAAUUCGCCCAGACCCGUGGUCUGUGCAAGGCUCACGGCGGUGGCUCUCGCUGCCGUGAUCCGCAGUGCAACAAGCUCGCUCAAAGUCGCGGCUUGUGCAUUGCCCACGGCGGCGGUCGUCGAUGCCAGUUCGACGGUUGCCAAAAGUUGGCGCAGUCUAAGGGCUACUGCAUUUCACACGGCGGUGGCCGUCGCUGUACAAUCCCGAACUGUGAGAAAUUCUCGCAGGUCAAGGGCCGCUGCAAGUCUCACUCCAAGCUCUUGACGACCGGAUCAUACUCGCCGACUCACGGCGUCGUGACCCCACCCAGCUCGACCGGCACCUCAUUCAUCUCCCCUACCAGCACCAAGCUCUCGAUUGACUUCCUGGUGAACCCGCUUUCGCGCAGCUCUUCCAUUGGUGAGAAGGUGCCGGCCCGGCAGAUGCAAGUGCCUGCUCUCCGGCCUAUCACGCAACUCGCCAACCCGUUCACCUCGGCCGGUACCGGUUGCCACCCCCGAUACGACACACAAGUGCUGGGCAACCAGCGAUCACUUCUGUCGUUCCUCGAGCCCCACGGGUCCACUCCGUCUUACCCGGCACCGCAGCCUCAAUAUGCAGCUGUGCCGGGCCACUACCAGGCACCUAUUCUGCCAUCGCUUACGAUGUACCGGUAA